CUCCCCAACCCCCCCCCCCCUUUCAACCUCCCCUCUCCACCUUCCUCAGGCUACCUUCACGACGCGGCAGAUUCCUGUGAGCAGGCGCUUGACAUUAAUGCACACAUUGCGACCAGGUGCAUGCAGAGUGCACCCAAUCUUACGAUCUGAGCAGGCCCAUAGUUAAUGAACAGGCAAACAAUGUGGUAUGGCGCUAUCGGAAGCAAGUAAUCCUGCGCCGGGGUUGGAUGUUGGGCAGAAAGCGCUGGAGAACGUGGGUGUCGCGAGAGGAAGCAGUGGAGAGCUGGGGAAUAGUAGCGAGAGCGGGUCGAGUACAGAGACGGUGAGAGAGGAGAGCAGUCCCCGACCAUCAACCGCGACGGGCAUAUUCUUCCGCGAGUUUCCUGCCCGUUUGUCUGGCUUCGAUUCACUUCGUGAUCGCGGGAAUGUAAGCUCGGGGAGUUUGGGAGUGCGACCGAGUACAGAUAGCCAUGAUAGCAGGCGUGACGGCUUCCCGCGAGGUUUCUCUGUUGUGAGUCCCGCUUUCGCGGGGUCACGUAGGAUGGUAGAGAACAGCGAUGGCGUCCCUAGUAAAGGGGAAAUAACGGAAAAUGUAGUGAGAGACCAGCAGGGUGCGGGCGGGAUGCAGAGGAUGGUGGCGAUGGAUGCAGAGGAUUCUAGCAGGAGCAUGGCGAUACAGUUUGAUAGUGAAACGAAAGACAGGGUCUUGAUUGACGAUUCACCGGUGCGCGGUGGUAGUGAGCGGAAUGAGAUGACGCCGGAAAUGGGGAGUUUUCAUUUGGGCCAAAGUGAAGAUAGCGAUGUGGACGAAUCGCGUCUGGAAAAGAGUCUGGGUUCUUUAGCAGCCCGGAGGCAUGACCACAAGCGGCACAGCUAUAUCAAGAGAAAGAACUCGACUGAUGAGAAAGUUGCGCCUGUAGAUGGGCUCCCUGUCAAGAGCCAGUUGUACGAUGGAUUUGUUCGUGGGACGGAGAGAGCUCACGACGCCAAGCGCGAUGGAUACAUCUCUUCGCGUCUAUUUGCUAGACCACUGGCUGGCAGGGAAGAAAAUUUCAGCAACUAUAACUCGCCGUCACCAGAUGCUCAAGCUGAAACGAAUAUGGGAAGCAUUGAGAUAACAUUGAAUGGCGGACCUGGCUGGAGCAACGUGCAUCCACGGGGGAACAGACCUGAGCCUCGGCAUUUUCAUGCAGCAACUGUUGUGGGACGCAGAAUGGUGGUGGUUGGAGGACAAACUGCCUCUGGGCCAAGCAACGACGUGCAGAUGUUACAUCUCCAUAGAAUGAUGUGGUCCGAAUUGGGUAGAGGGAGAGCUUUUGCAAAUGGGCAGCCUGGGAACUUGAAAGCCUCAACGCCAGGACCGCUGCCUCUGUGCAGGGGUCACAGCCUAAUUUCAUGGGGGAAGACUGUACUCUUGAUCGGCGGAGAACUGAAUCCGGGCAGUGAUAGAGUUGAAGUUUGGUCUUUCGACCUGGAGAUGGAAUGUUGGACUAGAAUCACAGCCAAGGGGGAGAUUCCGGCGGCAAGAAGUGGUCAAAGUGUAACGAGAGCAGGAAGCAUACUUAUUAUGUUUGGAGGGGAGACGCCUAAAGGACAGAAGCUGAAUGAUCUUCACAUCCUUGAUCUGAAAUCUCUCAUGUGGCUGCCGUUGCACACUUCGGGUUCUGGGCCUUCACCACGUACAAAACACUGUGCUGCAAUGUAUGACGAUCGCUAUCUACUGAUCUUUGGUGGAGCUUCGAAGUCUAAGCCUCUGAAUGAUCUAUUUGCUCUGGACUUUGAAACGAUGGAAUGGUCCAAAAUGAAAACAAAAGGCAUCACUCCCUCUCCUAGAUCUGGCCAUGCUGGUAUUCUAGUAGGCGAUAAGUGGUACAUUGCCGGGGGAGAGACUCGUGGUCACGGCUCGACAGAGACGCUAAUGCUUGAUGUCGCUAAUUUAACCUGGUCUGGAAUUGCUGCAACUACUGCAAAUACACCCGUUGCCAAUCAGGGUCUGAGCUUGGUGCUUGUUCAGCGAAAGGAGAAGACAAUGUUGGUAGCUUUUGGGGGAAAAGGAAGUGAAGUUUGUAAUCAGGUACAGGUCUUGUAUAUAAUGCCAUUGGAUCACGUGAAGAGGUCUUCAUACAGCGGUAACUCGGAAGCAAGAGACAGUCAAUCGAAUGCCACAGCACCAAGCGUAGCUGGAUCAGGGCUGUCAUGUGCAUGUGUAGAUGUAGCGAAGGCUCAUUUAUCUCCUCUGUCAGAAGAACACUGUAGCUCACGUAAUUCACCUGGUAACUCUCCUUUACCGGAAGCUCCUUUUGAUUUAACUGGUGUAAUUCCUCUACGGAGACGAUAUGGAGCUGAAACAAAUGAAAGCAAGUACUCAACUCCUCGUCAACCUCCAGAAGAGAUUUUGUCGAGGGUUCUAAGAGAAACAUCGUCUCAUAGGAGUUCACCCUUGCAGCAAUACAAGCAGGGUUUUGAUGGGGUGCAUGCAGAUCUGGAGAUGAGGGGUAAGUUGGCCCCUAUAGUAACACGCAGCUCAGAGAACCCAAGAAAGCCUGAAGGUUCCACUAGAAGGAAGGAAUCUUUGGAUUUCACUCUUUCGUCGGUGAUGAAAAGUAGGGAGUACGUAGACUCCAGAAGGGGAGUUGUCACUGACCUGAGCCUUCGAACGAAGUCUCAUGCCAGUGAUUGGGCUGAAAGUCUGUUUACUGCAUCGCAAAGGCAUAGCUGUGAAGGGGAAGAAUGUAGCGACAGUCAGCUACUUGCGGACCUACAGGAUGCUAUGACUAUGGAAAGACGCAUACACUUGAUUAAUAAGUACAGACAAAGCUUCGAAAUGAAACUAGCAGCUGCUGUGCGCAGGGGUGAGCUUGCAGAAGGACAACUCUCAACUGCUCUCAAAGGGAAAGAAGAAGCAGAAAAAAGCCUUCAAUUAGCAUUGAAAACUCGGCAACAUGCUGAAGGAAAGCUUGCAGCCUCUCUCAAGGGACAAAUGGAUCUUAAAGAGAGAGUUGCCGCCGCUGAGAGAGCACAAGAAGACUCGAAUAAUCUGUGCAACGUGGUUCAUUCAGAGAAUCUGAGGUUGGAGCAUGAUCUGGCUUUCCUCAAGGCUGUCCUUGAGGACACUCAAAUGGAGUUACAAUCAACCAGAGAGUUGCUUGCCACUGAACGGACGAGGUCCUUCAAUCUGCAGAUGGAGGUAUUUGACCUGAAGAAGAAACUGCCGCCAUCAAUGUUAACAGGAGAAGGAUCUGAAUCGACUCCGGGGACGCAGUUAUUGCCGUCAUUUGAAAAUGUAUCUGAAGCUGAAUGAGCUUACUUGCUAUUCUCUGGUGGCAGUGGACGGAGGUGGUCUAAACCAUUGGUAAUCUUAGAUAGAUUGUGUAAACACCCAUUUGUAUCACAUACAGCUUAAGAUUUUUUUCUUUACGUUUUCUUUUUUACCCACCUCCCCCUUUGUUUUUUCUCUUAACUAUCAUGCACUCUCUAUGCCCGGGACAAUUGUGCAAUCAAACGUGUAAUUUUCAAAUGGGUUUUCAUUGAUCCAGAUGUGAUCAAUAAACGUGUAUCAGUCAUUGUAGCA